GCGCAUGGCAGGUGGCGGGAAGCGGAGGCCGCGCGGCGCGGCGGGAGCGGCCGGAGAGCAGCGAUUCCUACCAGUUCGUGGAGACUUGUAUGGGAAUGCGGUGAUUGAGGCUGCUGCCCCAGUAGAGUGUGCCCGUGGAUCGUUUCCUAGCCUGCUUCAGCUCACGAGUGAAAAAAAUGGAGCUGUCAAGAAGAGAAGAUCAAACCAGGCAGAUAUUCCUGAUAGUCUUUACCAAGAAGCAGAAACAUGCUAUCAGCUUAGACUGCCUGAGGACUUCUACCAGUUUUGGAAGUUUUGUGAGGAGCUAGAUCCUGAGAAACCAAGUGAUGCACUUGUGUCAAGUGUUGGACUUAAGCUGGUUGGACCAUAUGAUAUCCUUGCUGGAAAACACAAAAAAGCAAAAUCAACAGAUGUGAACUUCAAUCUUCAUUGGAGAUUCUUCUAUGAUCCCCCAGAAUUUCAGACUAUACUUGUUGGGGAUAGCAGAACACAGUAUCACAUGGGAUAUUUCAGGGAUGUGCCAGAUGAGCUGCCAGUGUGGGUUGGUGCAAAUGAAGCAAAGAAGGGUUGUGUGAUUUCACAAGUUGGUGAUAAUGUCUUUGCUGCAGUCAAAUUAUUUUUGUCAAAAAAACUCAAGGAAGUGGCUGAUAAAAAGAAAAAUGCUGUUUUGAGAGACAUAGAUGAAAAGCUAACAAGAACAGCAAAAGAACUGGGUUAUUCUCUGGAACAAAAAACCCUGAAGAUGAAACAGAGAGAUAAGAAAGUGGUGACCAAAGCAUUUCAUGGAGCAGGCCUAGUCGUUCCUGUAGACAAAAAUGAUGUUGGAUACAGAGAACUUCCUGAAACAAAUGCUAAUCUUAAAAAAAUUUGCAAGGCCAUUGUUGAUGCUCCAACUGAUGAGGAGAGAGUGAAGGCCUUUGCACCCAUUCAGGAAAUGCUGACCUUUGUUCAGUUUGCUAAUGAUGAAUGUGAUUAUGGAAUGGGGUAUGAGCUGGGCAUGGACCUGUUUUGCUAUGGAUCACAUUACUUCCACAAGACGGUGGGCCAGCUGCUGCCCCUGGCUUACACCCUGCUGAAGAGGAGCCUCUUUGCCGAAAUCAUCGAGCAGCACCUGGGCAGCCGGCGGGAGGAGGACCUGGAUCAGCUUGGGCCUUGGUCAGCACCCCCCGUGCCAUAUGCGAACCGAUCCCCGCGGCCCUGCUCCAGGGGAUGGUUCUGCCCCUCUCCGUUUCUGCAGUUGUGUCCUACCCCUCAGGUACAGCAUUCCCCUACUGUAGCAUUCCCUUCUGUGGCAAAGCACUAUCCCUGCUCCUGUGUUGCUGGGGCUGGUUCAAGUGGGACAAAACUGAUGGGAUGAAGGAAAUACUAACUGACAUUACAUGAGAAACUAGGAAUUCCACUGCAGUUGCUACCUUGCUAGUAAGAAGCCAUCUCCAAGUGAUUUUGUACAAGGUGCAAAUUAAUUGCUUUCAAGGUCCUUAGUCCCCAGCUGUGUUCUUGUUACUGCAUUUGGAGGUUUAUUCUCUGACAAUUGAUUAAAGUAACAGUACAGAAACAAUGGAAAAUAACAUUUGCUCUUACUCAACAGCCCUGCCACCAUCCAGUGACUUGACUUCCAUUGUAGCAAUUCACAUCAGUACUAAUGACAGCAAUACUAAUUACUACUGAUAAAGAUUAUAGGCCAGUAGCACCAUGCUAAAAUCUAAGUCAUUCCUAGUCUUUUAAGCAAAGGAUUGUCAGUUAUAUGUUACUUUAUGGUAGAAGGGAGCAGCAGAGAUAAAAUAUAGGUUAGAGUGCUGCAAAAGUAUUGAGAGUUUCAAAUGCACAAGGAAAUCACAUGCCACAGCUAACAGUGUAAAUUUGACAACUUCACCCCUUUCAUUUAGCAUAUUAAUGUCAAGCACAGACUUACACUCAUUCAUAGGCCUAGAGGUUUUUUUAAUAUAUAAAAAACAGGUACUUUCCAUCUCAGUCUCAUUUUUGUUUCAAGUACAGGAGCCCUAAAUAUCAAGGCCUUGUAAAUCACACAAGCACUAAAACAGUAGAAUCAUGGAAAGGUUUGAGUUGGAGAGGACCUUAAAAAUUCAACUUUUUAACUGUUACUUAAAUAUGAACUUAGAUCUGCAAAAAUGAGGAGCUGAGACUGGACAUCCAUAUUCAUGUAUUAACCCCUGAUGGAGAAGGGGUUAAUACAUGAAUAAUGUAAUGUGAAUAAUAGGCCCUGAUGGAGAAAUUGUUACAGCAGCUCCAACACGACUGAUGUGCUGUGUAAUAAACUGGGACAGACUGUUUAGACAGACUCCUAAAACAAGGAGUAAUGGUUUUAACUAAAAAAGAUUCAAACUAGCCAGAGGGAAUGCAUGGUUUAUUAUGAGAAGGGUGAAAUAUUGAAAUGGUUGCCCAGAGGGGUAGUACCUGUCCCUCCCUCCAAGUGUUCAGUGGCUGGGCCUCUGAGCAAUGUGUCUCAUGGAAGGUGUCCCUGCCCCUGACAGGAGAUGAUCUCUAAGGUCCCUUCCAGCCCAGGCCAUUCUGUCAUGUACAUCAGCAGCAGCUGGUUUUCAGACAAUAAAAGGAUCAUCCACUUUUAACUUUAAAUUAAAAAGAUUUUGUUUUAAUUCUAUAAUUUUAAUUCUAUAAUUAGCUACGCAAUGCAAAUACCGCAUCUCCUACACUCUAUUCUUUUUGACAAAUCUUCUUACUGGUUUUGUAUGUAAAAUUCCUAGCUGUUAAUUUUCUCAGGGAAAAUAAAUGCAAAAAUCAAGACAAAUCUUGUUUGUGAAAAGAGUGAGAAAGUAUGACAAAACAAUAAAUGGUCAUAUAGAAGUUUUUAAUGCUUGAUUAAAUCAUCACAGUAAUGAGAAUUUUUACUGUAAUGAUAUGCAGUUCUACCACACUUAUAAAUAAAAACAUUAAGAUCAAUAUUAAAUACAGCUCUAGGCAACAUCACAGAUUAACAAAGAAUGCAUUCUUCAUGAACCAGUAUCUGAAUGAUUUAAAAAAUAAAAAAAUGCUGACACUUUCCCCCUCCCAUCCACCACCUUUUUUUUUUUUAAUUAGUAACUUGAGUAAGGCGCUGCAAGUUUCACGUU